GGCAUCGGCAGCCCCGAGCGCUGCUCCUGAAGCUUCCUCCAGGAGUGGACUCAGGGAGGGGGUCCCAGGCAGUGAGGUCACUUCUUUCACAACAGAGGCCAACAGAACUUGGAACCCCUGCCCGGGGCUACAUUCUAGUGCAGCCCCACCUCAGGCUCACUUUCAGGAGACUUCUGCUAUUGAAAGAUGUUCUCUUCCUGCUGUCCCAGUUUCGAGGACCCCCAGGAACCCCAGGGAUGCAGCUGCUUCGAAUGCUGGAGACGUUGGUGCCACCGUCAAAUCCAACACCUCAGGGAGUUUUUCAGGAGGUGCUGGAGGUCUUUACAGAGCUCCACAUGGGAGAUAUGGAGUGCCACGCGGGAAUAUGAGUGCCGGUGGAAGAGGAAAGCGAAAAUCCGCCACACCCCAGGGUCCAGCACAUCCUCCGAAGACCUGCAAGGGUUGAAGGCUGAAAGGGCCUCAGCCCUGAGAAAGAAUCGGAUCUGCCCAACCACCCCCAGCCGGAGGGAGCUGCUGGAGCAGCAGGUAGAAGAACUGGUGCCCGCCUUGCUGUGCUUGGACGACCUUUCCAUUGUUCAAUUUAUGGAAACAUAUCCUGAAUUUGGCACCACCGAAGAGAUCCUGGACCUGCUGUUUGCAAAGUAUCGAUGCAUCCAAGCGUCCCCCGAGAAAGGAGAAAUCCAGAUGCUCUGGGAAAGCACCAUGACCUCCUUCCUGACCAUCUGGCUGACCUACUAUGAGGAGGACUUCGACGAUCCCCCAGAAUUUCCUGCCCUGACAAAGCUGAUGAAUUUCACGGGGCAGUACUUGCCAGACUCAACGCUGGACCGUCGAGUCAACAGUUACUCUGAAUAUUUAAGAAACCUCCAUCAAGCGGAGUUUGAGGGUGGAGGUUUACAUUAUGCCUUUAUUUUCUUUGUUUAUUGCCCGGCUCCUCCACGGAUAUGAAAGUUCUAUGAAUUCAAGGUCUCAACUCAGAGCUCUUCAGCAAGCCAUUGGUUCUUCUCAAUAGAGUCUGCGGAGUGAAUUGAAAGGGAAAAAUAAGUGAAGCGCAUUUAAAAAACAAAACCAAAACCAAAAAACAACCCAAAACCAUGUCAGGAGAAGAGCAUAGCAGAACAAGGGCGAAAAUUUUGAGGAGCAAGCAGUGACCAUUUGUUUUAUGACUGUGCUAAUAACAAAUUCACGCAGGAGGGGAAAUAUUUAUGCUUGUGUAUAUGUAAUUCAUUU